CUUCCCUCCCGCCCCGUCAAAUAAGCCUCGGCUAGGUAGCCGGCUGCCAUACAGCAGCAGAGUAAGGAGGUGGCGGCGGCGGCCUGCGCGUGCGCAGAAAAAACUGAGGCGGCGCGCGCCGGAGCCCAAAGAUUCCCUCAUAGACACCUAAGGCAGCCAUUUCCCUCCUGCCCCCCCCCGCUCCCCCUUCCAACCGCCCCAAACAUCACCACCCUCAGUAGCUUCCCCCCGCCUUCCUCCGUCGGUGGAACCUGAGUCGGGUCGUCGAAAGGCAGCGGCUGAGCUCUUCUUUUCAGUUUCAGGUGUGUUCUCUACCCAGCCAGCAAUAAAGAAGCAUGUUUGUAUGCCUGCAGUAAAAAAAAACAACAACAUUGUACCUGACUGGUUAACUGGGGACCGGAAGACUUUUCAUAGAAAUCAGGCAGGACGAAGGUUCGAGAAGGAGCACAUCAUCUGUGCUUGCCGCACACACCUUUCUAGGGAUGGCAGCCCCAGAUGUGAGUGUUCACAUGGAGGAGGUGGUGGUAGUAACAACUCCCGACAACGUGGUUGAUGGCAGUGGCAUGGAGGAGGUGAAAACUGUGCUAGUUACCACCAAUCUGUCCCAGCAGAGCAGCGACCUAAAUGAAGACACCCUGGAGACAGAAAAUGCUGCUGCUGCAGCUGCUGCAGCUUUUACAGCCUCUGCACAUCUGAAAGAAGCCCUGUUAGUGAAGAUGGCUGAAGGAGAUGACUGUGUGGAAGCCGAGAUCCUUUAUCCCAUCACCUGCGGAGAUAGCAAAGCCAACCUAAUAUGGAGGAAGUUUGUUUGCCCUGGCAUCAAUGUGAAAUGUGUGCAGUAUGACAACCACUUGAUAAGUCCCAAGGAAUUUGUCCAUUUGGCUGGCAAGUCCACCUUGAAGGAUUGGAAGAGGGCAAUCCGGAUGAAUGGAAUCAUGCUAAGGAAGAUCAUGGAUUCAGGCAAGCUGGAUUUUUACGAGCAUACAAAAGUUUGUUCCAAUACCUGCCGAAGCACUAAGAUUGACCUGACUGGAGCCAGAGUGUCCCUAACAAGCCAGACAUCAACAGAGUACAUACCUCUCACCCCUGCCUCUGCAGAUGUAAAUGGAUCUCCUGCCACAAUCACCAUAGAAACAUGUGAGGACUCCACUGACUGGACCACUGCAAUUGGAGAUGAUGCAUUUACAUUUUGGCGAGGUUUGAAGGAAGCAGGCCUGUUGGAAGAGGUGAUCCAGGAGUUCCAUGUGGAGCUCAUGGAGACAAUGAAAGGCCUGCAGCAGAGGAUUCAGGAUCCCCCUUUACAGAUCAGCGAUGCUGUCUUACUCAACAAUACAGUCCAGAACUUUGGCAUGCUGGAUCUGGUUAAGAAAGUUUUGGCCAGCCACAAGUGCCAAAUGGACCGUUCACGAGAGCAAUAUACACGAGAUUUAGCAGCUCUGGAGCAGCAGUGCGAUGAGCAUCGGAAGAGAGCAAAGGAGCUGAAGCACAAAUCGCAGCACCUAAACAAUGUGCUGAUGACCUUGACCCCAGUCUCCAUCCCGUCCCCUCUGAAACGCCCCCGGCUGACGAGAGCCACGUCAGGGCCUCCUGCCAUUACCUCCCAAAUCCUGACUCAAUCGGCACAGAUGACCCUCGCUCCAGGGAUGCCGGUCACUCAACUGGCCAACAUGCCUAUAGGCAAAGUGGUCUCUGCCCUCCCAGCAUCUGCUCUUGGGAAGACCACAACGCAGGUUACAUCUGCUGCCUCCCCAGUGUCUCCGCUGCUGGGUGGAUACACUGUCCUGGCGUCUGCGGGCUCCACUUUUCCCAACACAGUUGAAAUACACCCAGAUGCCUCCAACCUCACAGUCCUGAGCACAGCGGCCAUACAUGAUGGCAGCACCGUGGUGAAAGUGAUGAGCCCCUUCCAGCUGCUCACCCUCCCGGGACUGGGCACUGCCAUCCAGAACGUAACACAGAUGUCUCCCAGUGGGAGCACCCUUGUGACUGUGCCAUCCAGUGUCAUUGAGGGCACCAUGGCAACUGAAGAACAUACGACCAUUGAAGUAACUACAGUAGCAGAUGAGCCUGAGCAGAAAUGAAACACGGACUUUGGGCCCACUUUUCGGGGUGUGCUCUGGGCUCUCAUGGCUAUCCCUCUGAGGAGAAGGAGAAGAGGGCACUGGGAAUAGAGAAGGGGAGACAGAUUGGCUGAUGGGAGGAUAGUGAGACUGGGAUCUUGGAGGGAAGAGAGAGAUGUGAAAGGAGAGCAACUUCAGAAAGGCAGGAGAGAGAUCGCUAUUCCUCAGGAACCAUUAAAAGCUACAGUCUUUCCAUCCUCGGCUUGUUAGCACUGAACCAUCUCUGGCCACCUCCGCUGGAACAAGGAGUGUGCGUAGAGAGAUUGAAGUAGGCAAGACAUGUUUCCAAGAAGAAGGAAAGCCAGCUAGCCAGCCACGGUGAGCUUUAGGAAGUACAGCAUGCAUGGCCAGAAGGGCAUUUUCUGGGCCCAGGCAUGAGUCAGGCUGCUGUAUGCACAUGCUGUGUCAUGCGGAUGGUUGGCUGCUUCCCGAUCAUGUGGGGAGAGCCCACAUGACAAAGGCAGCACUCUGGCAGGUAGGCUUGGGUGGAAUGCUCAUUCAAAGGCUCAUUCAUUUUGCAAAAUGCAAAUGGGGGAAGUAAAGGAACCUGCAAGCAAGCAAGUCCUCUGGUGGGUGGGUGGUGCUUUGAAGGAGGACCUUGCAUCACUCAUUUCUAAAGGCAGUGGUGGGCACACCCAGUCUGCUGAUAUUACCAGUUGUGGCAUCAGCUUCUUGGGAUAAAAUUGCAACAUGAGCUUCAGAGCCUUGGGUGGUGAGCAGGAGGGUUUGCAUGCAGGGCUGGCAGAAACCCAUUCACAUAGAAAAGCCCAUCACCUCUGAGGAAUACAGGCUUCUUUCUGUACCUUCAUUUAAAACGUACCACCUUGCACCUUCUAGUCCUUCCUGUUAUGAGGCUGGUGCACAGAGGCUAUCAUUCCACUGAAUGUUGAAUGCCUGAGCUUCUUCCAUGUCAGUGGAGGGCUGAUUCUACCUCCGCCCAUACUGCCAUCUGCUGUAGCCAGUGAGGCUUUUCCCCUGUGCAUCAGCACCUCAGGCAGCUGUUUUCAUGUUUGAAAUGGGCAUUUUGGCUGAAAGGGUGGAGUGGAAAAGGAGAGGAAACGUGCAGCUCCUGAGCUUGAUUUGGAUUGAUCCAACUGGCUUGAGGGACUUGAUUAACUAACUGAAGAUUUAAAAAAAAAAAAAGCAAAAAGGUGCUUGUGAGACAAAUAUAUUUUGCUGCAAAGUACUGGGUUCUUGCUGUAUGAAUUUCUCCGUCAAUAGUGGGAAAUGGCAGGUCUCUUGAAUAACCUAUUAAAAUAUUUUU